CGCAGAAGUCUAAGUUCAAUGUUCAUUGUGUCGAGUCUUUCUCAAUCAUUGUCAUUGGAUAGACUCAGAUAAACCUAGUCAGGUCCCUCACCUCCGCCGACACGCAUAACCUCGGUCUGCGAAACUCGACGAUAGCAUCUGGAUCACCCGACAGGCUUCGCUUCCCUCCUUUCUUCAUUUUCGCAAUCGACAUUUCUUUUGAACCGAUGACCGUGUUAUAAGGUUGCACACUUCUCAUUGUCGAGCUCGUGGACGUCUCUAGAUACCCCAAAUACGAUCUGUCCAUCCAGAAGCCAUGAUUGCUCCCCGUAAGCUGCUGGGUGGCCUUCUCGGCGUUUGGGUCACCGCUAUAUGCGGGCUGGCUGCCGAUCCUCAAGUCAAAGUCACGCGCAUACCGAACAUGCCUGACAGCCUAUUCUACUUUGACGAUACAACAGUCAUAUUAUACCACGACCCUGUCACACUUCAAGUCGGGCGGUCCGACGACGAGGGCAAGACCUGGAGCAUUGUGGAUGGGCCCGACGUAGCUGCUCGUCUCAUACCGCAUCCUCAUGACAACGAGAUGGCCUUUAUCAUCGGAAUAGAAAAGACUCACUGGGUCACGCAUAACAAGGGAGCCUCCUGGCUUGCCUUCGAAACUCCAGUCGAAGCCACUCUCACUGGCGAUAUCCUCUCGUUCCACUCUAAGCAGAAAGACUGGAUCCUGUUUCAAGGCUUCACAUGUGACGAAUCUGGAUCCCAUCGAUAUGGCACCACUCGAAGUUGUUGGGACGAGACAUACUACACCAAAGACGCCUUUAGAGGCGAGACCAAGUUAUUACGGAAGCAGACAUCUAGCUGUCUCUUUGCGCGAUCCGACAAGGCUCUCACCGAGGCUCCCGAUUCGCUCAUCUUCUGUGUGGCUUUCGACCCCAAUCAGAAGCCUGGAAGUGGAGGCUGGCAUAAUAUCAUGGACAGCCGGCUGUACUCGUCUGAAAACUGGUUCGAAACUUCCAAAUAUGUGGAUCUGGGUAUCGGUAAAAAGGCUCGAGGUGUUGUCGGAGUAGGAGUCGUCAGUAAAUUUCUGGUUGUUGCGCUCAAGGUCUCUGGAGAUGGUGCGCGAAGAGCCAGUGGAGGAGAUCCGAUGCAGCUCUUCGUUUCGACUGACGGCAUCAACUUUCGACAGACCAAAUUCCCUCAUUCCGCCAUGCCCGAUCUUCGAGAGAAUGCCUACACCAUUGUUGAAUCGACGACUCACUCUGUGGCAGUCGACAUUCUCACUUCUCCAACCGCCAACAUUGGAACAUUGUUUGUCUCCUCCGCCGAGGGCACAUACUUCGUUGAGGCUUUACCCGAUACCAAUCGCAACGAAUAUGGCAUUGUCGAUUUUGAGCAAUUGGUCGGACUGGAGGGAGUCGGACUCGCGAAUGUCGUAUCGAACCGAGAGGCGGUAGUUGGCUGGGGCGCCGCCAAGAGGAUUCGAAGCGUCAUCACUUACGAUGAUGGAUCCAAUUGGCGACCUCUAACCGCGCCUGACAAACGAUUGAAUGGUGAUGAUUGGAGCUGCGACCGUAGCGAUGCAGCCAAAUGCUCCCUUCACGUUCACUCCGUAUCGGAUCCCCAUAACCUCGGUCGAGUCUUUUCUUCGACUGCUCCUGGUUUCGUUAUGGCCGUCGGAUCUGUUGGAGAGUAUCUUCAGCCAUAUGACGAGUGCGACACUUUCCUUUCUACUGACGCGGGUUUGACUUGGCACGAAAUCCAGGAAGGAGCGCAUACGUACGAGUUCGGAGAUCAAGGCUCUAUUUUGGUCAUCGCGGACGACGAAGAAGCUACGGAUCACGUCCACUACUCGUAUGACGGUGGCUCAACAUGGACCAAACUAGACCUUGGGGUCACUGUCAGAGCUUCAGUCCUCACCACCAUCCCAGAUUCGACAUCUCAGAAAUUCCUCCUCAUCGGGACGACACCUCGAUCUCAGUCCACUGCAGACGGUCGGUACGCUCUCGUCUUUCUUGAUUUUGCACCGUUACAGAAACGCAAAUGUGGCGACGCAGACUUUGAAGCUUGGUAUGCUCGUAGCGAACAAGGGAAAGAAUGCCUCAUGGGUCACAAACAAUGGUACAAGCGACGAAGGCCAGACUCGACUUGCUACGUCGGGGACAAAUUCACCGAUCCGGUUGGGCACGAAGAGUCUUGUCCCUGCUCGGAUGAGGAUUACGAAUGCGACUUUAAUUUCGUCAAGCAGGAUGGGGAAUGCGUGGCUGUCGGUCCCGAGACUGUCCCUGCAGGCACUUGCAACAAGAUCGACGACCAUUACCUCGGAUCCUCUGGCUAUCGUAAAAUACCUGGCAAUACAUGCGACGACUCAAAGGGGAUAGCCAAGGACAAGAAGAUUCAAAAGCCCUGCUCGUCUGCUAGACCGGCGAACGGCCAAGUCUCUCAUGUCACUCACGACUUUGAGUCUAAGAUUCUUCAACAUGUCUAUUUCGCGAAAUCAGAAACCAUCCUAGUGUUCCUGGCCGAUGGGACCGUUUGGCAGUCCAGCACCGAAGGAUUCUCCUGGAAACAGCUGUAUCCCGGAGAAACGUUUCUGGGAAUCUGGAUGCACGAUUUCAGCCCUGAGAGGGCUUAUCUCGUCACCAAUAAGCAGAAGAUAUACUACACCGUAGACACGGGUCGUGCGUGGUACCAUACAUCCAUACCCAUUGGAGCAAACAAUCUCGGCAUUCCGCUUUUCGAUUUCCAUCCGACCAAGGCGGAUUGGUUGAUCUUCACUGGGUCCGUCGGUUGCAACUCGGUUCUGGACCCCAAUUGUCACGCCGAAGCCUACUACUCAACCAAUCAUGGUCGCAAGUGGAAUCUAAUUGAUUCAUAUGUGAAAACGUGUGCUUGGGCUCGAGACAAACGCCUCAAGAUUGAUGAACGUGAGAUCAUCUGCGAGAGUUACAAGAACAAGAAAGGAUCUCAGACCUCUGGUGACUACAAUCCUCUCGAAUUGAUUGCUGGGUCAAGCUACUACACAAAACCUCAGAAGAUUUUCGAUGCAGUCGUUGGUUUCACCGCUUUUUCCGAGUACCUGCUGGUGGCAAAGCUGAACGAAGCCGCCGCGACACUGUCUCUAGAGGUCUCUCUCGACGGCUACCGCUUUUCGGAGGCGCAGUUUCCCCCAAGCAUGCGGAUCGACAACAGAGCGUACACCAUCUUGGAGAGCAGUACCGACUCGGUCUUCUUACACGUCACCAUGAGUUCGGCCAACGGUCGGGAAUGGGGCAACAUCUUCAAGUCUAAUUCAAAUGGAACAUACUACAGCUUGUCCAUCGAGCACGUGAAUAGAGAUUCCGGUGGAUUCGUCGAUUUCGAGAAAAUGAUUGGUCUAGACGGUAUUGCGAUGAUCAAUGUUGUCUCUAACCCUCGGGACGCAGAAGUCUCUGGACGAAAGAAACUGCAGACGCGAAUAACCCACAAUGACGGCGGGACAUGGAAACCCCUCAAUCCACCAGCAAGAGACUCUCUCGGCCAGGAAUACGACUGCCGGACUACUGCAUGCUCAUUGCAAAUCCAUGGUUACACCGAACGUAGGGAUCCUCAGGCCACAUAUAGCAGUCCAUCCGCUGUUGGGCUGAUGCUCGGUAUCGGCAAUGUUGGCGAGGAGCUGGCAGAGUACACUGAUUCGGACGUCUUCCUCACUCGAGACGGAGGGUUCACCUGGGAAGAAGUGCACAAGGAUGCUCAUAUGUGGGAGUUUGGAGAUUCGGGAUCUAUCAUCGUUCUGGCAAACGACGAAGAGCCCACAGACCACGUCAUCUACACUACAGACGAAGGCAAAACAUGGAAUGAGUACACUUUUGGAGAUACACUCCGCAUUGAAACCAUUCAAACGACCCCAGAUGAUACAAGUCGUCGGUUCAUUCUCAUUGGGAAACGAAGUGGAGAAUCGGGCAAAAGUGUGGUGGUACAUCUCGACUUCACGCAGAUCACCCAGCAGAAAUGCAAGCUGAGCGUCGAAGAUCCUAAUCAUGACGAUUUCGAGCAGUGGAGUCCCAGCGAAGGCCGCGAUGAAGUUUGCUUGUUUGGUCGACAAACCAUCUAUCACAGGCGUAUCAGAGACCGCAACUGUUACAUCGGAGAGCAUGUCGAGCAGCCAAAGACUGUCGUGAAGAACUGUACGUGCUCAGCAUCAGAUUUUGAAUGCGAGUUCAAUUACAUUCGAGACUCGGAUGGCAAGUGCGUUCUGGUCGAAGGAGCUACAGCGCUCUCAAUUUCUACAAUGCACGAGCAAUGCGACGGAUACAACUCGUACUGGUAUGAGCGCACCGCUUACCGCAAAAUACCCUAUUCAUCUUGUGAUGGCGGUGAUCGUCCGGAUCGAGGCACACGACACGAUUGUCCUGGACUGAUUGGAGGUGCUGGUAUGGGAGCAAUCUUCUGGGGAUCAAUCCUAAUCCUGCCUUUUGCAUUCGCUGGUCUGGGAGGUUAUUGGUGGUAUGUGAAGGCGGGAAGGCCAGGGUCUAUUCGUUUGGGCGAUCAUCGAGUCUUUGGCGGGGAAGAUCAGAGCAGUCUCUUGUCCACGGUCGCAUCGAUACCAUACUUCUUGAUGGGUGUCACUCAGGCAGGUUGGGCCUGGGUCGAGAGACGGAUACCGUUCCUGGAUGGCCUGUUCUCUAGGCGUCUGCCCUACAGGCAGGUCCCAAUUGACGAUGAUGCCGAGGUUCUAGGAGGGUACGAUGAUGAAUGAGCGCAACGACUCGGACAUGACGCGACAGCAUAGAUGACAACAACUAAAAUUGCAUACGAUCUGAUGAC